AUGCUGUGGCAACAAGUCCUAGCUAACACUGCGCUGUUGACAGUCGCGCUGUCCCUCUCUACCAGCCCUGUAGUGCAUGAGAAGAGAUCAGUCUCCCUCCCAGGCAAGCGACGGCGUGUCCACAGCGAUGCUAUUAUUCCAGUUCGCAUUGGCCUUCGUCAGAACAACUUGCACACUGGCUACGAUAGACUGAUGGAAGUCUCUCAUCCCGGCUCCAUGACUUAUGGCAAACAUUUGUCAAAGGAGGAGGUCCAUUCACUCUUUGCUCCAGCUGAUGAGACCAUCAAGAUUGUCAAGAACUGGCUGCUUGGUUUCAAUCUCAUCCAGAAACGCGAUAUUAUCCACUAUGAAAACAAAGGCUGGCUUGCAGUCGAUAUGCCUGCUAAACACGCAGAAACCCUCUUCGGUACCGAGUACUACGAGCACGAGACGAACAAGGGAGAACUUCGAAUCGGAUGCGACCAGUAUCACCUCCCACGUCACAUUUCUAGCCACGUCGACUUUGUUAAACCAGGUGUGAAACUUUCUGCGCCGUUAAAGAAGAGAGAGAUAGAGAAACGUGGCUCACCUCGUAGCUCACCAGGAGGAAUUCCCCACCUGUCAAACACCAAUCCUCCUCAUUACCGAGGUUUGGAACCUCCUUUCGGAGCUGGUGGUCUUCCUCUUGCUCUCCAGAACUGCGGUGUUAAUAUUACUCCCACCUGCAUAAAGGCUUUAUACGGAAUCCCCACAGCUCGCUAUCACCAACCAGAGAACUCCAUGGGCCUAUUCGAGACCUAUGACGCUUUUUCUCAAGAAGAUGUCUCGCUAUUUCUCGGGAAAUUUGCGGGAAAUGUCCCCUCCCAUACAGCCCCUCAAGUCAUCUCGGUUGACGGUGGUAAAGCGCCAGUUAAGCCUGGUAAUCAUCGUAACGGACGGGAAUCAGAUAUCGACCUUGACCUCGCCAUCUCACUCAUCUACCCACAAUCUGUUAUGGUCUAUCAAGUCGAUGACCUUCCCAUAGCCUCUGGCAAGGAACAAACUAUCGGUUUCAUCAAUACCUUUCUGGACAGCAUCGAUGGCAGCUAUUGCGAUUAUACCGCUUUUGGAAUUACGGGUGACAGCCCAGGCGUUGACGGAUCCUACCCUGAUACCCAUCAGGGCGGUUUCAAUAGCAGUCGAGAAUGUGGGACCUACGAGCUUACUCGUGUGCUAUCCAUAUCAUACGGUGGGCCAGAAAUUGACCUUCCCAAGCCGUAUGUGGAGCGGCAGUGCAAUGAGAUUAUGAAACUCGGAUUACAAGGCCAUACCAUACUAAGUUCCAGUGGCGAUUUCGGUGUCGCGGCAUUUCCAGGCGCGGAUAGUGACAAGAAAGGAUGUUUGGGUGGUGUUUCCUCGAGUGGCCCGGUCUACAAUCCGGAUUAUCCCUCUGGAUGUCCCUACAUUACGUCCGUCGGUGCCACCAGACUCUACCCAAACCAGACUAUCAAAGACCCCGAGUCCGCCAUGCAAGUCGACAUAGCCGCAUGGAACCGUGUCACUGGUGAUGGGCCUACCGGCUCACCCUUACGACUCUUCGCUACCGGCGGAGGCUUUUCUAACUACUUCCCUCGACCUGAUUACCAGGCCCAAGAUGUUGCCAAUUAUCUCACGAAAGACCUGCCAUUCCAGAGCUUGCCUUACUAUGAGAUUACCGCCGAUACCCCCAGAAUUGGCCAAAACGGCGGUGUAUACAAUCGUUUCGGUCGUGGAUACCCCGAUGUUUCUGCAAAUGGGGCUUUUUUACUUGCCUUUCUCAACCUCACAGAAAGAAGCUUUUUCGGUACUUCUCUAGCAUCUCCAAUAUUCGGGUCUGUCAUUACGCUCAUUAAUGAGGAGCGCUCCGUUAUUGGCAAGGGACCUGUUGGAUUUAUCAACCCCGCAUUAUACAAGAGUAAGAAGUUUCCUUGGAAUACGUUCGAGAUGGUUGUGCUGACAAGAAUAGACCCAUCUGUUCUGAAUGACAUUACCAAUGGCUCGAACCCGAAUUGUGGUUCACAAGGCUUCCAGGCUUCCAAAGGAUGGGAUCCUGUGACAGGACUUGGAACGCCCAACUACCCCGAAAUGUUGACGUAUUUUUCGAACCUCCCAUAG